AUGGGAAAACUCAUGUCAAAUUCUCCACUUUGGCUGGAAGACGCACCAGACAUACCAGAAUCCUCAGAAGACAAGUACUUGUUCUCAGUUAAGUCACAGUUCAGUCAAGGUUCUUGUUCUCAGUUCAGCCACAGUUCAAUCACAAUUCAGUGCUUGUUCUCACACUACCACCCUACUGAACCAGUUCCAGAGACAAAGCAAAUCAAUUCCAGGUCUGAACAGUCCCUACGAUACCCCAUUCCAAUGAAGAAGGAGACACAAGGAAGGACAGAUAUUUAUAUUGCUAGCUGGAUGAAGUCUCAACCCCGUGAUAAGGUAAUACUGGCUACAAAAGUUUGUGGUUAUUCAGAGAAAUCAAGCUACUUACGUGAUAGUGCAAAAGCAUUGCGGGUUGAUGCUGCUAAUAUUAAAGAAAGUGUAGAGAAAAGUCUUAAGCGCCUUAACACUGACUACAUUGAUUUAUUGCAAAUACAUUGGCCGGAUCGAUAUGUAUCAUUAUUUGGUGAAUUUUUUUAUGAUCCUUCAAAGUGGAGGCCAAGUGUGCCGUUUGUGGAGCAACUCAAAGCUUUUCAGGAACUCAUUAAUGAAGGGAAGGUACGGUAUAUAGGUGUUUCCAAUGAAACUUCAUAUGGUGUCAUGGAGUUUGUCCAUGCAGCAAAAGUUGAAGGCUUACCAAAGAUUGUCAGCAUCCAAAACAGCUAUAGUCUCCUUGUGAGAUGCAAGUUUGAAAUUGAUCUGGUUGAAGUAUGCCAUCCUAACAAUUGCAAUAUUGGCUUACUCGCUUACUCCCCUCUUGGUGGUGGAUCCUUGACUGGAAAAUAUUUAGACAUUACUUCCGAAGCUGCAAAGAAAGGAAGGCUCAACCUCUUCCCUGGGUACAUGGAGAGAUACAACAAGUCCAUUGCCAAGGAGGCAACAGAACUUUAUAUCCAGUUAGCCAAGAAACAUGGCCUUACCCCUGUUCAGCUCGCACUUGGAUAUGUUCGGGACCGUCCAUUUGUAACCAGUUCGAUCAUUGGUGCAACUUCUGUUGACCAACUGAAAGAAGACAUUGAUGCUUUUCUAACAACCGAGCGUCCUUUGCCACCUGAGAUCAUGUCUGAUAUUGAGACCAUAUUUAAAAGAUACAAGGAUCCAGCCAUCCUUUGAGGGACUACGGAGUUGAAUGUUUGAAUGUGAAUUCAAUUCAGCGAUUCUUUUUUAUAGAGGUUCAUUGUUACUACCCUGUGCCCAUAUUUUAAAAUCGGAUGGCACACAUUGCGCCAUAUAAGAUUGGAUGCUAAGCCAUGACACCCAGAACCUACUUUUAAUAGACUAAUGUUUUUUUCUAAACCGCAGCAUUACACCAAAGAUGCACCUAAGAGAAAUUGCUCGGUUCUUCUUUCUGGGUCUUCCUCUCACAAGUCACAAGAACAACCAUUUCAGCAUCUUUGUUUUCACCGGCAGAUUGAGUAGGCAACACCGUGCAUUCGUUGUAUUUGUGUUUCUUUUAAAUGGUACGAAACUGGUUAUUCACCGACUUAUUUGUGUAACUUUUGAAACUUUAUAUAUCAGAGUUGGCCUUGUAUCCGC